UCGACAAAAUUCGACCAUUGUCUACUGUGUUUUUAAAUUAUCGACAAAGAUGAAGAGCCAAAUUCUUUUUUUGGUUGUCCUUUGCUCGGCUGUCAUCGUUCUUGCUCAAGAAAUCGAUCAAGAGAAAACUAGCGAAUUUGAUGUUCAAAAUAGUGAUUUAGCAUUAAGUAAGGAUGACGGUACUGUGACGAGGCAAAAGAGGACACUUCUUCUUAAAAAGAAAAUUUUGGGUGUUGGAGCAUUAGGAUUUGGACUUGGCCUUGGCGUUGGAGCAGUGAAAGGUUACAAAUACGGAAACAGAGGGUACAGUGGUUAUGGAGGUUAUGGAGGUUAUGGAGGUUAUGGAGGAUAUGGAGGAUAUGGAGGAUAUGGAGGAAAUGGGGGAUACGGUGGUUACGGAGGUUACGGACGAGGAUACGCAGGAUACGGAGGAUACGGUGGUUACAGUCGCCCCUACUAUUCGCGCUAUAAUACAAAUUCUUAUCCAUAUUACACAAGACCCUCUUACUAUCAAAGACAAAGUUUGAACUCUGGAUAUCCAAGUGGUUCUGGAUGGAAUGGAUACAAUGGUUAUUCUACUAAUGCCAAUACCUGGAAUGCAGCCGGCAAUUUUGGUCCCAUUUCUGCCGGAAUUUCUGCAACAGCGAGCUCGAAUGCUAAUGGUGGAUUAGGAUGGUCCUCAGGACAAGGAUACAGUAAUGGAGGAUAUACCUACUGAUGAGAAAGGGUCGAAGGCCACUACAAAAUGGACCAAAAUCUACAAUUUGAACAACUGACGGAAUUUCUACAAGAAUAAUUUUUUUAAAUAAUAAAAAAUGAUUAUUCUUGCUGAAGACAUCUAUCUAAUAAAAGCUUCCUUUUUGGAAGUUUAACCUUCAUACCUCACGAAAUAGAAUAAGUUAAUAAUAAUUUGACUAAAGGGUUUUUAUAAGCUUUAAAAACCUUUUCAUAAGAAGAGAAUUUGGACGAAUAAUCCUUUCUGUGCCAUUUUUUAAAUUUUCUGUUCCUUUUUUAAAAACGGCAGGAAAUGUAUUAAACCAAAAUAGAAAUAAAUCUGUGUCUUAGAAAUAAAAUUCAUCAAAGAAUUUUAAAAUGAAAAAAAGUAGCGCGAUUAUAUAUUGUAGAUUAAAAAUUCUAUAAUAAUUUAAAUAUAAAAAUCCAAAAUUUGAAAAUGUGCUUUAAAUUAUAUAAAAAACUGAAUGGAAUGGAAAGGGUUUGUGUGAAAAUGGUGAGCCUGUAAUUAUUAUUUUAAGGACUUUUGUACAAAAAUAAAUCUUUGUUUAACAAAA